GCGCACUGAGCUCCCAACUGCCAUUUUGUGGCAGAGGCUACUCUGCUAAAGCGGGAGAAGGAUUAAAACAAACUGCGAAGAAGCCUGCAUUUCUCGCCAGCCUGUUCAACUUUGUAGCGCAGACUCUCUGCUUUCUGACGAGUUAAACAGGAAGAGAAACACACAAAAAAGAGGUUGGCAGGGACAGUCAGGUAGCCGGCAUUUGAUUCAGCAAAGCUCAGGGCUUUCAGCAGGAAAGCAAAAGGGAGAUCACCUGUAUCACAGCCCUGCAGGCUGCAGCCCAGUGGAAAGAAAUCAUGAAAACAGUCAAUUUAUCGUUGUUAUUCCAGUUCCUACCGAGGAUGGACGGAGGGCCAACAGAGGGUGUAGGUGUGGUGGAGGUCCCCGGCAAAGACUUUCCCUCUAUCCAGGCCGUUCACAGCCAGGAUGCCAUGGUGGCUGACCUCCUCCAGCAAGCUGCAGAGGCCGGGGGCGUGGUAGAGGGACAAGCAGGAGUCCUCCUGGAACAAGAUCACGGGGAUGGAAUGGUAACAGCCACCCAGGCCCAGCAGCAGCUGAUGGAAGCUGGGGUGGGGGUUGGUGUGGAUGGUGGAGCAGGGGUUGAAAUGAUGGUUAUGGACUCACUGGAUCCCACCCUGUUGCAGAUGAAGACUGAGGUGAUCGAUGCUGCAGUGGGGGGAGCAACGACUGUGGGUGUUGUUGGAGGGGUAGCGGGUGGCGCUCACCAAGCAACUGUAACAACAGUGGAUCAGACUCAAAUCAUCACACUACAGGUGGUAAACAUGGAGGAGCAGGCAGCUCUGGGUCUGGGGGAGCUGCAGCUGGUCCAGGUGCCUGUUUCUGCCACCACUGUGGAGGCCCUGCAGCAAGGCACCUUUGUAGACACCACUGCUAUGCCAAAGGACGGAGACCCAGUCAUCUGCCACACCCUGCCGCUGCCGGAGGGCUUUCAGGUAGUUAAAGUUGGCGCUAAUGGGGAGGUGGAGACAGUAGAGCAGGAGGAGGGAGGAGAAGCCCACCCUGAAGAGGAGGAAGAUGAGGAGGUGGGGACCCAGCUGAUGGAAGAAGGGGAGGAUGAACCCAUUCAUCCUACUAAUGACGACUCAAACUGGGCUAAAGACCCGGACUAUCAGCCCCCAAGUGGAACUAUCAAGAAGACCAAGAAGGGUAAAAAGAGUCGCCUGCGUUAUGCUGAAGGAGAUAAGGACAUGGAUGUCAGUGUCUAUGACUUUGAAGAGGAACAACAGGAGGGCCUUCUGUCUGAGGUCAAUGCUGAGAAAGUGGUGGGCAACAUGAAACCACCCAAACCCACCAAGAUCAAGAAGAAAGGAGUCAAGAAGACGUUUCAGUGUGAGCUGUGUAGCUACACGUGCCCUCGACGCUCCAACCUGGACAGACACAUGAAGAGCCACACAGACGAGAGACCUCACAAAUGUCACUUGUGUGGAAGAGCCUUCAGGACAGUCACCCUGCUAAGAAACCAUCUCAAUACACACACUGGAACUCGUCCACACAAGUGCACAGACUGCGAUAUGGCUUUUGUGACCAGUGGAGAGUUGGUUCGUCAUCGUCGCUACAAGCACACGCAUGAGAAACCCUUCAAAUGCUCCAUGUGUGACUACGCCAGUGUGGAGGUGAGCAAAUUAAAGCGUCACAUUCGUUCCCACACCGGUGAGCGUCCAUUCCAGUGCAGUCUUUGCAGCUACGCCAGCAGAGACACGUACAAGCUGAAGAGACACAUGAGGACACACUCAGGAGAGAAACCUUAUGAGUGCUACAUCUGCCAUGCCCGAUUCACCCAGAGUGGAACCAUGAAGAUGCACAUUCUGCAGAAACACACAGAGAAUGUGGCCAAAUUCCACUGUCCGCACUGUGACACUGUCAUCGCACGCAAAAGUGACUUAGGUGUCCAUCUUCGUAAGCAGCACUCAUUCAUUGAGACUGGAAAGAAGUGUCGUUACUGCGACGCUGUUUUCCACGAGCGCUAUGCUCUGAUCCAGCAUCAGAAAUCCCAUAAGAAUGAGAAGAGGUUUAAAUGUGACAUGUGCGACUACUGCUGCCGCCAGGAGCGCCAUAUGGUCAUGCAUCGUCGAACCCACACAGGAGAGAAACCGUAUGCCUGCAGCCAGUGUGAGAAGACCUUCAGACAGAAGCAGCUGCUGGACAUGCACUUCAAACGCUACCACGACCCCAACUUUGUCCCCACCGCCUUUGUCUGCCCCAAGUGUAGCAAGACCUUCACUCGCAGGAACACCAUGGCUCGCCACGCUGAGAACUGCAAUGGUGAAGUGGAGGAUGCUGAGAACGGAGCUCCAACCCCAAAGAAAGGAAAGAGAGGAAGAAAGCGGAAGAUGAGGAGCAGGAGAGAUGAGGAUGACAGCGAGGAGGACCACGCUGAACUGGACGAUGAGGAGGAGGAGGAGGAGGACGACGGUGAGGGUGAAGGUGAGGAAGAUGCAUCGCUCCUACAGGAAGAGGAGGAGCCAGAAAACAUGGAACUGGACCAGGCGCCUGCCGCCAUCCCAGUACCGGCUCCCGAUGAGCCACCGGUCAAGAGGAAACGAGGCCGACCCCCUAAGAACGCCCCCAAGACUCCAACACCCAGCAAAUCAGUCAGGGUGGCUGCCAAGGCGGCUGCUUCUGCUGCUGCCAUCAUCCAGGUGGAGGAUGAGAGCACCGGAGCAGUGGAGAACAUCAUAGUGAAGAAGGAGGAUAGCGACGUCUCUGCGGUGACUCCUCUGGAUCAGGGCAUGGCCCUGACCGUGGAGGGUGUGGGGCUGGACGGGGAAGGGGUGGAGACUGUUGAGCUGGCUGUGAACGAGGAAACGGCGGCUGCCGCCGCCAACGGAGAUCUGACGCCAGAGAUGAUCCUCAGCAUGAUGGACCGGUGAACUCGACACAGCCACACAUGUAGCCGGACUAUGAGUACAAUUGGCAAACACACAUUAACAUUUCCACAUCCUUGGCCUUCACCUUGUGUACCAUCUGUGUGAGCUUGUAAUGGCAGCCAUUUUGCCUCCAUUGAAGUGGCUGCAAAAAAAAUGGGGGCAGCAAAAACGACCAUGCACAAAGAAGGGAAGCCGCAUGUAAAUACUUAACACAGUAGCUUCACAUCCAUGUACAUCAACUGCAUUCUAAUGUUUGUGGGUCUCUUUCUCUCACACACAUACACAAACACACAUAUACACACACACCCAUAAAAUACCAGACCCCACUGCACAUACCUGUGUCAUCUCCCACAUAAUAUACAGAUAUCGUCCAAGCUAAUGACAGACUGCUCUCUGCUCUUAAAUGCUUAUUUCGGUUUGAAAGUCUUCUGAAUGAAUCGGUGUGUUACUUGUUUCUAUCCAAAGCCACAUCCUGUGUCAGUCUCUACCCACGCCUUCUGCAGCUCCUUCAGCUCCUUUUUAUGUUGCUCUGCCAAAAGGAGACGUUAUUUGAUCUACCUUCACUUUUCACUUUGAUUUUCUGCUGUCCUGCUUGGUGUUCUUGCAACUAUGCUGCUUUAGCAAAUUCCAAGCCUUUAUAUGUGUAUAUAUAGAUAUUAAUGUAGAUUUUCCUAAUGAAAUGUAGUAUAUGGUACUUGAGUUUGUCUCUGAGAUACCACUUGCUCUCAGUCACAUGAUCUGUAUGUGUGUCGUCCCCCCCCCCAAAAAGUAUGAUUUUCCUCCUUGGCCUGAGUGUGAACACAUCACGUGUUGUGAUGUUGGUACAUUGAGGCUUUUACAGAGAAUUUUCUUUAUUUAUGAGCAAACAGACACUGGCAGAUACAUUCAAAUGAAUUGAAGUCAGUGAAAACUGUUUUCAGCUUUCCAGUUAUUCGAGUUUGACAUCCAAACUGCCGGCCGCCAACCUUGUUCUAAUGGAAACGUUCCCUCAGUCAGCUCAUGUAAAUAAAAUAGUUGCGAUAGCUGCUAAUUUAGUUUCCCAGCACCAACCCUAGUCUGAGAGGAAGUCAUCACUAAAUGAAGAUACUUGUCAUUCAUGGUUAAUGUUCCACAUUUUGAAGGAGGUAGUUUUGCCAUCACAUCAAUUUGAAUGAUCCCUGGCGGUUGGAGAAGAUGCAGAUAACCCUGAUUCAGUUAGUUCUACAACGUUCUACAGUUGUGAUUUUUGAACAUUCCAAGUACGUUAAUGAACAUGGAAUUAUGUCUUUGUAUUUGAAUCAUUUCACUUGAAGUAAUGAGCAGUAACAAACUCAAACAUUGUUUGGCAAAGUAAUACCAGCCGCUCUUUAUUUUGCCUAUAAAUAUAUUCACUUAAUAUUGUGCUUGGAACAGUUAUCAAAGACCAGAUUGUGAAUCAGUGCAUCACUCAAACACCGCCAGCCCCCACAAUAAUCAAUGAUCACCAACAUGUAAAUACACAUUUUAAACCCUUUGCUUUUUCAUUGAUUGUGAAGCUUUUUAAUGUUUUAAAUGGCUGAUUUGGAGAUGCGUUGGUUAAAAGGGAUAUUGAGGUUUUCAGUUCUUUGGUGCCGUACCUGGUACUCCAUGUCCCGAGCUCGUAAAGGUGAUUAGCAAAAUGUCCUCUUCAUCAUGCUUUCCUUACAGACGAGCCCCUCUUAACCAACCAAAGUGAAUUGGACCUAAUCUGAACCACUAUCAUUUUUCUGUGUAUAUUCUGUUGCUCAUAGCCAUUUUGUAUUCUGCUGUUUGCAGAUACAAAACAGUUUUUCAGUUUGAGUUUUCUGGACAGUUUAUAGUUGCCCCUGUGUUUCUCUGCAGCUGGUCCAGGUUCAGUAGCACGACCGAAGCUUUGUCUCAUUAUGUUCUCCUCUAACCUUUUGUUAGGUGACUUUCACCUGUAAAGGAACAAGAGGUGUUUGAGUAUCUGUUGAAAGACUAAUCUACACACACAAAUAAAGAAUGAAGUUCAGCUAGUAAAUUGUAUGUAACAACAAACAGCCUUAAUGUUUGUUUUUGACAGGUUUUAUACUCUUUACUGUACUAUGUGACUUAAUUAGGUUAUUAAGACGACUUUUCCGCACUAUUCUCAGCCUUGUAAGUCUUGCAGUUGCACCUGCCCUGGGCGUUUAGUCGUUGUCCAUUUGCAGCUGAUACUGAGAUAUGUCCUCUCCAGGUCAAUCACUCCAGUGAUCCCUGAUUUGGAUUUACAAAAGAAACACGGUUAAGAUCGUUUGUGGGUUAGAACAAAAAUGAUUUUCAACAAAUGUUAUGAUUUGAGUCUUCUGAAGAUGUUAAUCUUGAGACUUUCCUCGUGAGCUUGAACACAGGUUAUGAUGGUUAUGUGGCCUUUACCCCCACGCUCUGCUGAUAUGCGACUGCUACAUAAACUCCUCCUCUCCACCUCCCAGUAACAACGUCCAGUCAGACUCUCUACUCAGGACCUGAGACCUGUCAGUACAUCUGUCUGGGGGACUAGAAUAAGACUGAUGUUUCAAUAUGAAUGUUGCUUUCCUGUUCCCCUCAGAUAAUAACAGCCGUGUGUUUGGAUCCAGUGUGAUUUCACGUGAAUAUUUUAAGAAUCCAGCUCUGGUCUUGGGUUGCGGUUGUGACGGUAAAACGUCCACUUCAGUCCAGUCAGUGAGACGUUUGUCCACUUCUCUCUCAGAACCUCCUGUGGUUUAUCUCUGACUUCUGUCAUGUCCUCAAAGCAGCUCAGAGGAUUGAUAUGGAUGCUGGAUGAUGAUUGGCUGAGUGGUGACAGUGAGGGGUAGUUCUGUAGAAGCUGUUUGUGAUCCUCUGUGUGUGAGAGCUUCUUCAGCUCAGCGUCUUUCCUCUUCAGCUCAGUGAUCUCCUGCUCCAGCUUCUCCUGUAGCUCUUUUGACUCGACUCACUUCUCUUUCCUGCUGGGAUCUGACCUGCUGCUUCACAUCAGAGCUUCUCGGUGAAGAUCUUCUCGCUGUCCUCCACCGCUUUAUCAGCAGAGAGAUUGAUGGCCUCUACCUGCUGUUGAAGCAGCUUCACAUCUUUCUCGACCCCCCCCCCAAAUCUUCUUCAGCUCCUCCACUAAAUCUGCUAACAUGGUGUUUUUCAGCAGGACAGGCCUCUGUGUGAACGUCUUCCUGCACUGAGGGCAGCUGUAGCUGUACUUACAAUGCUCUACAUCCCAGUGGCUUUUAAUACAGUUCAUGCAGUAGAUCCUUCAGUAGAUCCAGACAGAUGGAACAAGAGAAGGUUGCCCGGUCCAGCUGAACUCCUUUCUGCGCCAUUUCACAACAAAAACAUGUAAACGCAUGAAAAACGUCGAAAAAAUAGACUAUCACAACAAUCAGCUCUUAGCCACAAACAUGGAGACUAAUAUAAGUCGAAGAGUUAAGACAGAAUUUAACCCUUAAAUGACUUCGGUCUAUUUCAGUUUACACAACUCAGCAGACUCUCGAGUAUAAUAAACCUUUAGUCCAGCAUAGAGCGGCUGAGUGAAUGUGGUCUGGACUCUGGAGAGAGUCAUGGUUUCAGAGACUCUGUAGAAGGACAGAAUACCUGCACUGUGAUCCAGGUACACUCCUACUCUGGAGGACUCAGGACCUGAGACGAGAGUUUGGACUUUGUUGUACCAAAAUGUAUAACCGUUGUUGUUAGAAUAUACAAGACCUGUUAUAGUAAGAUGGAACCAUUUCCUCUGUAAUAUAACAUUGGCUAGAUGCUCAGAAUUGUAAAAAAAAAAACUAGUAUACUGGCUCUGAAGAACCAUGGACACAGAAAGAUGGCAGUGCCAAGAUCCUGGUAGAAGGUGUCUGAGGAAUCAAUGUUCAUAAAUCAAAUUGACACUUUGUAAGAAUCUUUGAGAAACAUCAGUCCUGUGACUGUACUGCUGUGGUCAGAGAUUUCACCCUGUAAAACAACAAAGAUCCAAAUGUGUUAUCAACCGAUCAUGUUAUUGUUCUGCAGGCGGACAGAUGGAAGAUGGAUGUUUGACUGUUCUCAUAGCAACAGCUUUGUUUUUUGGUUUGUUGGCACAUUGUUUUGGCAGAAGAAGUGAGACAACGGUUUUAAGAUGGUUUUAAAGCACCACCCUGUUUUAAGUUGAAGACCAGGAAAACAGAAAAAACCCUUUGUCCUGUCUUUUUGAAGAUGAGACACUGUAAAGCUGAUGGAAAAUAAAAUCAUCCUAAUGGGCCCAUGA